AUGUCAGAAAAUCAGCAUUCUCGCGUGGAAGAAUCUCUCCAAGAGAACCAGGUGACUAAGAAUGAAGAUGAACUUGAUUUCACUCAAAAGCAUUCCUCUGAAAAUGUUAAAGAAGAUGAUGAUGAAAAAGAGGAAGGGGAAGAGGAGGAAGAAGAAGAAGAAGAAGAAGAAGAAGAAGAAGAAGAAGAAGAAGAAGAAGAAGAAGAAGAAGAAGAAGAAGAAGAAGAAGAAGAAGAAGAAGAAGAAGAAAAAGAAGAAGAAGAAAAAGAGGAGGAGGAGGAAGAAGUAGAGUAUCUGGUGUUCAAUUUAUCUUCAAUUCGAACAGAAAUCGAAUGCCCUAUCUGUCUUGGCAUCAUUCGAAACACAAGUACUGUAAUGGAAUGCUUGCAUCGCUUUUGCAGAGAGUGCAUACACAAGAGCAUUCGACUUGGUAACAAAGAAUGUCCUACUUGUCGUGUACAUUGUCCUAGCAAAAGGUCACUGAGAGAUGAUCCAUCCUAUGAUGCUUUGAUUCAUGUUUUGUGUCCUGAUAUUGACAAGUUUGAGAAAGAGGAAUUGGCUUCGAUUGAAGAAGAAUUGGAUCUGCCUAAUAAGAAGGUGUAG